AGGGGGGUAGGUUGCACCCGCGCCGGUUACAUAGCGGCGGGUACGGCGUGUCCUUGGGUAGAGGAAGGGGACGCCCGACGGACGUGCUUGGGCCUGUGAAGACGCAUUCAUAAUGGGUGACUUUGAGAAGGGUAAGAAGAUCUUUGUGCAGAAAUGCGCCCAGUGCCACACAGUCGAAAAGGGAGGCAAGCACAAGACCGGACCCAACCUGAAUGGACUGUUUGGACGGAAGACUGGGCAGGCUCCGGGUUUUAGUUACACAGAUGCCAACAAGAGCAAAGGCAUCACCUGGGGUGAGGAAACACUGAUGGAAUACUUGGAAAAUCCCAAGAAGUAUAUCCCUGGCACGAAAAUGAUCUUCGCCGGCAUUAAGAAGAAGGGUGAAAGGGCAGACUUGGUAGCAUAUCUCAAAAAAGCUACCACGGAGUAAUAGUUGUUUCCCGCCUUAUUUAUUUCAGAAAUGGGAUGUGUCCUGUGAUUGAUUUUCUUUUCCUUUUUUUUUUUGUACAUGCACCAUACCUCUACCCUUCAAUUAGUCUCCUCGACCAGAAAGUUAUAAAUGGCUGUUCAGAUUUAUUGUUCUAGUCAUGACUUAAAAAGAAUUGUGUAAACCAGAUUGGCAUUUGUUUUAAAUAAUACGAUCAUGCGCUCUGUGUUUUUGUAGUCAUCCCAAAUCACUUAAAUUGAAUGGUGUCACUUUUUUUAAAAAACAAGACUACCCAAGUCUAGUGGCUAGUGAAGUCUCGGCUUGAAACGAUGGUUAACGCCACCCCUCAGAAGAACCCAGGAGAAAUGAAUCUCUUUUAAUUUUGUAAUAGUAUCAGUCAAAUAACUAUUUUAAGCACUGGGGAAAACUGAAUUGCCUUGCAUGAGAGAGGAAACCCUAUGUGUGGUCUGCAAAAAAAAGGUGCUUUUAAAUAAUUUAGAGCCAAAGUGCCCUAGCCUGCUACCCAAGUGAAUGGGAUGGAGGGGCCGGGCCACUGAAUAGAAAUAAAAGUAGGACGUUCCACAGUCGAUUCCUAUUCAUUUUGCUGUGGCUUAAGUAAAAUUCUAGUUUUAUGACCUGAUUAGAGAAAUGCCGAGGCAUUUUAAUAUGUUUGUCAAAUCUCCUAGAAUACUGGUUUCCCAGUUUCUAGGAAAGGGUCUUCCCAAAUCAAGUAUCGAGCAAUGGCUAAGCCAGCAUUAAUGGGUUGAUGCCGAAGGAAUUGAAAUCAGACUCCUGAUCAGUUUUUUGUCUGGUUUUUUAGCGUACCCGGAUCAAGCUAAAUGGUAGCUAUGAGCACUGGGGCAUAUAACACCUUUCAUUUAAAGGUUACUAUAGAGAAUCCAGUUGUUCAAAAAUGUAAAAAUUUGCAGACGAACAUGUGAAUACUGUACCAUGUUUUCUUAACAAACGCCUUUGGAAGGUCAGAAGUGUAGAUUACCAUCCACACAGUUUGUAAAUGGUGUGAUCAAUAACAUAAUUAAAAAUCUUCUGAACGUA